AUUACCAAGAUGUCGACUGUGGCACUAGCAGUGACCGUAAAGCGCGAAUGAGGGGGCGGCCCGCUUGGCUUCCGACUUCUGUCACUGCCCUUCAUAUCACAGACAUGGCGGCCUCCGGGAGCAGCGGCGGCGGACGGGCUGCAGGGGAUCUACUGAAAGCCCUUCCCCGGGUUACACUAGCCAACCUCAGACCUAACCCUGGAGCCAGGCAGAGAGUAAGACCUCAUACUGACACAUUGACAAAUAUUGUAUUUCAAGGAGCUCUGUGAUGACUUUAAUUCAAUGUCACAUGUACAUGUUUGGGAAUAUCAAUGUAUCUUGAUGGGUAAGGUGACUUCUCUGUUUUUAUGGGUUUCUUAGUUUUGUUUUGUUUUUCUUUGUAACGUAGAUAAGUAAAUUAGACAUAAAAACAUGCAUUUAUAUGUUUUGGAAUUCAAGACUGUGCUGUAAAUUUAUUAUUAUUAUUAUUUAUAGAGUGCCAGCAAAUUCCGUAGCGCUGAGUUGCAUAUCAUUUUUCUAUACUGUAAUUUUGUGAGGCUUACUUGAUUUUAAAUACAUUUGUAGUAUUUAUAUUAUAUGCCGUAUUUAUCACUGGCAUUCUAUGGAUUGGUUAAUUGGUAAAGAAAUGUCACAUAAUAAAAAUGUCCCUAAGGUUACUCCAAUCCAAAUAGUUAUUUUAUAAACCUGUUUCUUGCAUCCCCUUCUGUGCUGGUGUGUCCGAUUUCCCCCCCCCCCCCAUCCAAAAAAAGUUAAACAAAAGUAAAAAAAAAAUAAAAGCUUAAAGAGAUACCAUAGUGUUAGGAAUACAAUUCUUUGCGGCCACACUUAGCAGUAGGUAAGUGUUAAAAAAAUAUAAAACACUUUAGUUAUUUGCUCAAUUUCAGCGCCAAUCUCUCUUGGAGCUGGGCCGGAAAUCUGCAUCAUCUGACGGGGGCACCUAAUGUCUUGUAAACAUUGCAGGACUAAGUGGGACAGGGACAUUGCACCCAAACCACUUCAAUGAGCUAGAGUGGUCUGGAUGCAGAUAGUGUCCCUUUAAACAAACUAUCAUCCUUUCCCAAGUUCUCCCUCCACUUGAUCCUUCUUGUCGAAGUUCACUCGCCCACCCUAGGAGGGCAUAGGUGUGGGUAUGAUGCCAUAGGCACUACAAAAUUGCCAUUUUCCAGCCGGUGACUAAUGACACUGCUGGAGGUAGUGUUACAGCUCUGGCAGCGAAGGGGUUAAUCUCGGUGCAGUGUUUCAAAGCAAAUUGAUGCAUAUACCGACUCAAGGCACCAUGACCACUCAGAGUAACAUUUUAAAGUUCAAAUAGCUGAAUUGAUUACAUCUCCAAUUUGGUUAUGCUUCCAGUUCAGCUACUUUUGGCCUUUCAUCAAAUUUGCUUUGAAUUCUAAUUUCAAGACAAUUCUUACUGUAGUGAAGUCCUGUAUGUGCUUGUAAAUAUUUUCAAGCUAGGCACAGCUUUCUUCACUGUGACCCAUGCAAAAUUGUGUACUGCAAACACUGCAUAAUUCUUAAGUUAAAGAAAAUAAAGCACAUUCUUGAUCUUGUCAUCAGACUGAGUAUAUACAGAAAAUUUUGGAAUUUUUUUUAUUUUUAUUUCUUUUUAUGUAUUGUUUUUAUAAUGCAUGUAAAAUACAAUGUCACUCUGUUGUUCAAUGUAAAUACUCCAGUGAAAAAGAUGUGUAGUUUUAGGUGUAAAUUGUGUGGCAGUGACUAUCAAGGGAGCCACAAAUAUCCAUAAGCCCAGCUCCCCUAUCAAAAAAUUUGUUUUUGCUCAUAGGUAUGAAUAGUAAAGUAAGAAUAGAUUCCUUUUCUAAAACACAAACUACAAGUGUAUAUGGCAAACUUCUAUAUCAAAAAUUAUAUUAUUAUUUUAUUUAUUUAUUUUAGGAGAGAAGAAGAGGACGAGGUAUUCAUGGUGGUCGAAAAUGCGGCCGAGGUCAUAAAGGAGAGAGACAACGGGGAAACAGGCCGCGUUUAGGCUUUGAAGGAGGACAAACACCUUUUUAUUUGAGGAUUCCUAAAUACACUUUCAAUGAAGGUCACAGGUAAAUACAGUAUUUAUACUUCCUCUCUUUCGCUUCAAUACGUGUCCAUGUUCUUAUUUUAGGUUAAAAAAAAAAGUGAGUAAAAAAACACCAUUCACUUGUGUCGUAGCAGGCUGGUCAUCUAAACAUACACACACAUAGACCCAUUGUGAGGCACAUACACGCACAAAUUAUUAUACGGCUUACUUCAGUUUUAUUCCACCCAGCCUCCCUACCUUAGGGAGGCUGGGUGGAUCCACAUUCCCUGGGGAAGAGUGGAAGUGGCCGGCUGCGUGUACUAGGCAGACCGCGAUGGAGGGAGCUGUGAUCUCAUUGCUUUGCUCCCUCGCAUGCAUCACUAAGCGGCGUGCGGGGCAGCAGAACAUGGAGAUCACAGCUCCCUCCAUCGUGGUCUAUCUACAAUACAUGCAGCCUGCUACCCGCCCGCCUCAGAAGAAUGGGCUCCGAAAUCCCAAGUGCCAGGACAAAAUUCCUGGUUGCCAUGGGGACCUGGCGUCUGGGAUUUGUCGAGCCCUGAGCUAUAGUAUCCAUUACUACUCCUGGCACCAUAACCACAACAGCUCUUUGUUAUAGUGCUUAGUCUGUGCAGUUUAUCAUGGCAUGUCAUAACUUAUAUGUCCAUGCUGUACUCAGCUACGCUCUUUGACUGUUUAAAAUUCUUGUAUAGAUAUUCAUAAUUCUAUAUAUUCAACAAUUUAUACAAUUCCACUAAGUGGAAGGUGAUAAUCCUUGUGGUCCACAUAUUUUGGUGGAUGAUAUUGCCAGGCUUGUUUCAGCCAUAUUUGCCUUGUUAUCCUAAACUGCUCUCCUGACAAUACUCUAACCUGCUAAGCAGUAUUCAUCUUUUUUCAUGGUGUCUCUUCAUCUAUCUGUGUGUCAAGUUGAUUCAUGCUACCAUAUGCACAAAAAUAAAAUAAUUGAAAUACUGUGGGUUACUUGCAUUGUUGAUCCACUGCAUCCUUUCUCCUCUGUUCACUGCCACUAUCCUCCCACAAUACCGAAAGAUGGUGCAUAUACUCAGAACUUGUGUUUUGCCUCAGUUAUGUUGCAUGAGCAGAGGCACAUAAUAAAUAAACAAAAAAAACAAACUUGUAUGUUAGCCCAUCACUCUCAGCUAGGUUUCACUUGGCUGACCGUGCAUUACAUUCGACAACAUAUUAGGGUUAAGGAAUGUGUGAAGGUUAACUGCAGCUAAUGUUGCAUACUAACUUUCCUAACCCCAGCAGCAAUAUGGAAAACUGCAUUUUUGAAAGGCGCUUUAGUAACUCCGCUUUUAGGAAUGCAGCACCAUUACACGUUGCUCAAUGAGGGCACCUGUUUACUAAAGGGAAUCUCAAUGACAUGUCCUGGGUGUGACGCCACUGCCUUUCUAACCCUGCAACGGAAAACAUUGCCGUUUUGCAGGAAUGGCAAUGUUUACAUUGCAGAAUUAACAUGAAUCUAGUGCUGCUUGAGCCGCUUCCUCCCUGAUAGCCUAGUUAAACCCAGCUAUUCAGUCAAAUUCUUGAAUAGACCAUUUUAUUGGCUUGGCGCAGCGUUUUGCUGCGCAUGCACACUUGUCUCCCAGUGUUUCCCUAUGGGUAAACAUUGGGAUGUCUGAAAUUAUCGAUCUUGAUGAGAUGGAUAUGAAGCUUUGGUACGGAGACCAGCACCCCCAGAAUAUAUGGUAAAAAAAAAAAUCAUACCUUAGGACUGUAUACAGUGAGGGGAAAAAAGUAUAUGAUCACUGCUGAUUUUGAACGUUUGUCCACUGACAAAUGAUCAGUCUAUAUAAUUUUAUUGGUAGGUGUAUUUUAACAGUAAGAGACAGAAUAACAAAAAAAUCCAGAAAAACGCAUGUCAAAAAAAGUUUUAUAAAUUGAUUUGCAUGUCAAUGAGUGAAAUAAGUAUUUGAUCCCCUUUCAAUCAGCAAGAUUUCUGGUUCCCAGGUGUUUUUUAUACAGGUAAUGAGCUGAGAUUAGAAGCACUCCCUUUAAGAGAGUGCUCCUAAUCUCAGCUCGUUACCUGUAUAAAAGACACUUGUCCACAGAAGCAAUCAAUCAGAAUCCAAACUCUCCACCGUGGCCAAGACCAAAGAGCUGUCCAAUUAUGUCAGGGACAAGAUUGUAGACCUACACAAGGCUGGAAUGGGCUACAGGACCAUCGCCACGCAGCUUGAUGAGAAGGUGACAACAGUUGGUGUGAUUAUUCACAAAUGGAAGAAACACAAAAUAACUGUCAGUCUCCCUCGGUCUGGUGCUUAAUGCAAGAUCUCACCUCGUGGAGUUUCAAUGAUCAGGAGAAUGGUGAUGAAUCAGGCCAGAACUACACAGGAGGAUCUGAUUAAUGAUAUCAAGGCAGCUGGGACCAUAGUCACCAAGGAAACAAUUGGUAACACACAACGCUGUGAAGGACUGAAAUCCUGCAGCGCACGCAAGGUCCCCCCGCCCAAGAAAGCACAUGUACAGGCCCAUCUGAAGUUUGCCAAUGAACAUCUGAAUGAUUCAGAGGAGAACUGGUUGAAAGUGUUGUGGUCAGAUGAGACAAAUCAAGCUUUUUGGCAUCAACUCGCCGUGUUUGGAGGAGGAGGACUGCUGCCUAUGACCCAAGAACACCAUUCCCACCGUCAAACAUGGAGGUGGACACAUUAUGCUUUGGGGGUGUUUUUCUGCUAAGGGGACAGGACAACUGCACUGCAUCAAAGGGACGAUGGACGGGGCCAUGUACCGUCCAAUCUUGGGGGAGAACCUCCUUCCCUCAGCCAUGGCAUUGAAAAUGGGUCGUGGAUGAGUAUUCCAGCAUGACAAUGACCCAAAACACACAGCCAAGGCAACAAAAGAGUGGCUCAAGAAGAAGCACAUUAAGGUCCUGGAGUGGCCUAGCCAUGUUCCAGACCUUAAUCCCAUAGAAAAUCUGUGGAAGGACCAAACGUCAGCCUCAAAACCUUAAUGAAUUGGAGAGGAUCUGCAAAGAGGAGUGGGACAAAAUCCUUUCUGAGAUGUGUGCAAACCUGGUGGCUAAUUACAAGAAAUGUCUGACCUCUGUUAUUGCCAAUAAGGAUUUUGCCACCAAGUACUAAGUGGUAGGGGUCAAAUACUUAUUUCACUCAUUGACAUGCAAAUCAAUUUAUAACUUUUUUGACAUGCGUUUUUCUGGAUACUUUUUUUUUUUUUUUUUUUUUUUUUUUUUUUUUUUUUUUUUUUGUUAUUCUGUCUCUCACUGUUUAAAAUACACCUACCAUUAAAAUUAUAGACUGAUCCUUUUUUGUCAGUGGGCAAAUGUUUAAAAUCAGCAGGGGAUCAAAUAGCGGCCUGGAGUACUUGUGGGGCGGAGAGAGCCUGGGAGACCCAAGCGAAGUCCAUCUACAGGACCCCGACCAAUCCCAAGAGGAGAUGGGGCGCAGAUCACAACGACCACACCAAGGUACUGUUACUGCACAGCCUGACAUAGGGGCAUUGCUGCAGAAACAAACCCCAGCCAAAAUGGCGUCCGACCAGGGCCCAGACCCCCCACAGGCAGACACCCCACCUGCACAAACCACUCAAGGGGACACACAGAGAUCUCCACAGCUCACACAGACCACAACCACCAAACCCAUACCCCCACAGGGAUCAACAGACCCAGCCACAAAGCAGGACCUGCAGCAGUUGCAAACUAUGCUGCAGGAUAUACAAUACCUGCUGGCAGCAGACCUACCAGCGCUCAAAACGAGCAUGCAACAGAUCACAGAAAAAGUGACCACUACUGAAAACCAAGUCAAAACAAUACAGGGAGAAGUCUCUACGCUACAAGAUUCGCUACACCAACUACAACAAGACCAGCAACGCUUAGCAAUACAACUGGCGACGCAGGAGGACAAAAACCGGCGCAACCACAUCAAAAUCAGAGGCAUCCCGGCAUCAGUGAGCAAAGAAGACCUACCGCAUUACGUGAGGCGACUCACACAAUCAUUACUCCCUCCCGCAAUAACAAAGAAACUCGCCUUUGCAGGGAUUUACCGCCUACCCACGCCUCCUAGAGCCGCCGCAACGCUAGCCGGAGAUGUCAUUGUCCGUUGCGCCCUACCGCAAGACAAGGGGCACAUCAUGAGCGCAAUCAGGGGUAAGACCCCGCUUGAAUUCGAGGAAACCCAACUGACCUUUUAUCAGGACUUAUCCAAGGCCACCCUCCAGUGGAGAAAGUCGCUUACUGAACUCACCGGCCAUCUGCGUACAGCGGGGAUACCAUACAGAUGGGGGAACCCCCGCUCUCUGCUCAUCACCCACCAGGGGACCACCCAUAAAAUCACCUCAGGGACUGAGGCCCCUACACUACUCACAAAAUUGGGCCUGCACAACUUGCCCAACCUGGGCACUCCCCAUGUCUGGAAUCCAGAUACCUCAGAUACGUUUGUGCCGAGAAGACAGAGAAUGGACACACAAGCCACCUGACGGACAGGGGGAGAGAGGUCUCUUAACCCUGCCCGCUCAACGGCGAUAUCCAUAUGUCUUGUUUACCACAACCUGUAUUUCCCCCACCCUCCGCGCAAUACAUUUUCUGAUGUUGAAGUUCUUACCUGUUUACCGCUAGCUAGAUGACUUAGCUGACGAGGACGCUGGCACGCUGCCGCAUUAACAGACCAUAAGCUAUAGCCUAAGCCAAAACCUACCCCCCCCCGACAGCCCCUAGGUUAGGGCUACCGCCCCUCACGAGUGGUCCCCAGCGGAACUAGACGACCAAGCCACUUCAGAACACGUGUACCACUCACCAGACUACUUUACCGACGAAACUAAACCUAAUGCACCCACACAGACCCUAGCACCAUUCCGCAUCUCCACACAUACUUCCUAACACCAUUAGGGUCAAGUCUUCGACACCAACCCAUGACCUAGGUACUGCACCCGCAGACGAGUAACACGACUAAACCCCUAUACGACCCAACCUCUACCUAGGAUGUUAUGCAUGUUGAACUUAAAGAAAAAUUGUGCUAAAUCGAUCAAAUGCAUUAUCUAACCAAUGUUUAAACCUGUUACCUACUCAAACGAUGCAUACGAUGCAACAUGUCUAAACCUUGUGCACGCAAAAAUAAAGAAUUAUAAAAAAAAAAACAUAUAUUUUUAAUAACAAUUGAAUUACUAUUCUACAGCUUCCGUCGCCAGUAUCAUCCUCUUAGUCUGAACCGUCUCCAGUACCUUAUUGAUCUGGGAAGGGUAGAUCCUACACAACCAAUUGAUUUAACACAAUUGGUCAAUGCGAGAGGAGUCAGAAUUCAGCCUUUAAAGAGGGACUAUGGUGUCCAAUUGGUGGAAGAGGUAAGAGAUUUCUCACAUAUCUUUCCCCCCCCCUCCCCCCCUUUGUUGCAUGUGUUCUUUUCCAAACCUUUGAACAACAGUCACUUAGCAACUUUGUUAGAAAUGGUGUGGAGAGACCUCCUUACCUCCAUUACCUGUGCAAGUAGCAAAGGUUAUGGUGCUUAAAGUGUCCCUUUUUGGAAGCUCCACUCUGUGCAUGUACAGCACACAGCCAGGCAGUCUUCAUAUAUGCAGAGCUCUGUGUCUUUGUAUUUAGCGCAAUCAUAGUAUUCCAGUGACUCCAUUUGUUGGAUUUUUACUUUAUAGUAGUUCUUUGUCAACUGAAACUGCUUUUAUUUUAAAGUGGGGAAUAUAUAGGAGGCUCAGCCUCAAUGUUAUAGGCUGCACUUGUUCAUAGAACAGGAUCUGAAUCAAUUAUUGAGUAAAACUAGACACUGUCUUCUGGUGUGGUGCUUAUUACUUGGUUCCUCUUGAAGCUGUAUCAAUGUCACACCGCUCUUCUUGAAAUGAGUUGCACUAGCCCAGGGCUCAAAUUCUCCAUUCUCCAUUAACCUUUGGCAAGGGAAAAUUCAGCCCUGGUGAGUAAUAGUUCACAAGAGAGCGUGCCUGACCCCUUUCAGACUGGCAGUGGCGCGCAACUUAUGGGACUUGAAAUUUUGAGACUUUCACCAGUUUGUGAUCACCUUAAUUACAUGAUUUCAAGCACUAAGUGAAUAAUACUUGUGCAAACAAAGAAUCAAAAAGGCAGAAUCUUAUGUUUUCAAUCAGUUUAAAAGGACUGUGGCCCAAGUGUUUUGUAUUUCUUUGAACUCUAAAAUAAGUGUUAUUACACAAGUGGCCAGUAGGUUGCAGCAGACACUCUUACAACAGCAGUGUUACAUGUAAGAUAAUAAAUGUUGCUGAUUUUGUUUUAAUAUAUUCAUUCUAAAGCUGUUCUUCUGACUGCUAGAUUGUUUACCAUAUACUUUAACAGUAGAUAAAUCCAUUGGAAAAGUUUUUAACAGAUUAAGCUAAUUUGAUAAAUUUAUGUAAAACAAUUAGAUUGACGCCCCGGUUGGCACUUUUCACAUUUAAUAAUUUAACUUCCUCACUAUUUAACUGUAACAUUAAAUUAUAAUCUCAUCAAAGUGUUGGAACAGUGUUUGCAGAAACUAUGAAACUAUCAGGGGUUAAAAAAAUAAAUAAAAUGAACAUAAUGCUAGACCUUACUCAUUUUAUAGGGGUGUUUCUAACUGCUAGGCUGCCACUUGUCUGCAGAUAGAAGUUACCAGUUUUAAAGUGAACCUGUUGCCUAUUUAUAAGUAUUAGUCAAACUUUAUCCUUUAGCUGAAUACUUAUCAAAAAGUUAUUUUUUUCACUGCCCUUCAACAGAGCUUCUAAACGCUUUUCAGAAUACUGACAUCCUUUCCUGUCUGGCGCCGCUCCCUGCUUCCACUACCUCAUUUCUCAUUAUCUCUCCUGAGCUCAUUGGUUUGGACCUUUAAGGGAACACUUUGGGUUCAAAGUAACCCCCUCUCCCAAUAUGAGUUGUCUAAUUUUUAUUUUUAUUUAUUUUUUUCACUCGGCAGGAAAAACCGUAACAUGCCAACGACAAUUUGGCUUGCGCAGAGGCCUUAAUCACAGUGCUCUCAUGAGUUGUCUAGUUUUAAGACAAAUGUUUUCUGGUUUUGGAUUGUGAUUGAGAAUGUUGGGUGAUUCCAAAUAAUAAGUUAGAAAGCUUUAAAAAUUACUAAUGCUGAAUUGUAACUUUUUUUUUCUUUUUUUUCUCUUAGGGAGUAGAUACUUUUUCAGCUAAAAUUAAUAUUGAAGUUCAGUGGGCUUCUGAACUGGCUAUUGCAGCAAUAGAGAAAAAUGGCGGUGUCAUAACUACGUGCUUUUAUGACCCAAUGAGCCUUGGUAAGUGUGAUCAAUUGGUGUUUGCUAAACAAUGAGUGAAGUGUCUAUUUCAUUCACUUUUGUAAUAAAAAGGUGAUCUGGAAAGUAGAUAUAGGCCGUGCGCAUAAUGUUUUUGUCCAGUUUCCAUAUUUCACAAUAAUCCCAUGUGCGGGGAUCUAUACAUGUAGCAUGUAUUAACUGUCCUGGUCCAGAUCCGUUAAUCUAUAUAGUUUUUGGGUUAGACUUGAUGUAUUUUCUUAGAGCUGAAUUUUUCUCAACAGUCUGUAUUUGCAGUGAGAGACAUACAUAUCUACUGGUGACCCAGUCAAUUGGUUGGGUAAUUGAUUAAAAUAUUACUAUUUUACUCUCAGCUAUUUGACUAACUUUAUAUUACUUCAAUUUGCAGAGGUACUUUGCAAACCUGUUCCAUUUUUCAUACGUGGGAAGCCAAUACCUAAAAGGAUGCUGCCCCCAGAGGACUUGGUGAAGUAUUAUACAAAUGCUGAAAAUCGUGGGUAUCUGGCAGAUCCAGUAAAAGUUUUGGAAUCUAGGAAGCUGCUCGCUAAGAAAUAUGGCUAUAUUCUCCCUGACAUUACCAAAGAUGAACUAUAUCAGAUGCUUUGCACGCGCAAGGACCCUCGCCAGAUAUUCUUUGGGCUAGCUCCAGGAUGGGUGGUGAAUAUGUCUGAAAAGAAAAUCUUAAAGCCCACAGACGAGCAGUUGCUUAAAUAUUAUAGUUCGUGAUUGCAGGAUCAAAACUUAUUUUGCUCUCCCUGUAGUGGAAAAGUGAUUGUACUUUUUGUAUAAAAAUAAAUAACAUUUAAAUACAAA